AUGCGGCAACGGAGGCCACUUCAGCCUCCACAUCCGCCCUUCUGGCUGCCAGGUCGCCCCGCGCUCCCUCCGUGCUGGCCAGGAAGCCGUGCAGCCGCGCCCCAAAUGCGUCCUCCCCCCCCCCGGGCUGCGCUUGUGCCCGCCGCGCCCGGCCAUCCCCCCCCCUCCUGGCCCCCCACCCAGGCCCUCCCACAGAUGGCCGCGUACUCGGCCAUGGCCUUCUUCAGGCCGACCGCGGCGUCCUCCUCCAGCUCUUGGAGGCCUCCGGAGAGGAGAGGGGCGGCCGCGGGGAGGCUGGGCGUCUGGCCACCCAAGAAGCCCCCUGCCCCUUGGUGGGCUGCCCCUGGCAGGCCCCUCACCACGCGUGCCAGGAAGUCCAAGAGUGUCCUGGCCUGGGUGCUGGCCUGGGGGGCGCCGGCGAGGGGCCCGCGUGCUGGCUGGGCAGGCGGGGAGGACGACGGCGCCGAGCUGCCUGUGACCUUGAAGCUUGUGAAGGCAGCCAGCGACUCCAGCGUGAUGGCCCUGGCGCUGCCCUUGGGAGAUCCAUCGUUGACUGCAUUGCCCACCUGGUUGGCAAAAGGCGAGCGUCCCGGGUCAGAGAUGGCUGUGCGAUUUGUAAGCGGACCUGCAAGUUGGUGUGUGAGCUGA